AUUGAUCAAUUUGACAUUAAAAAAAAAGUAUGAUCGUAAAAUUAAGAAAACCGGAAACUUUUAUGAUGCAGCUAGAAUAAUCGUCGGUUGAAAGUUUGAAUUUGCAUAUCAUAAGAUAAUGGUUCUACAAGUCCAUCGACAAUGAGCUCAACCACUUGUCAAGCUCAACACGUCUUGGAGUGUGAAUGUAAAAAUCCGGUUGAAUUUUUCUGUAAACGGUGUAAGGUAAGUCUUUGUGAGGCUUGUUUACCAGUGCACACUCGACUGAAAACGAUAUAUGGACAUGCCAUCAUUGAAUAUAUCACAGAUGAUGACGAAGGUUUGACCACCAAUUGUACCCAACACUCUGGACAUGAUUGUGAAGCGUUCUGCGAACCUUGUAGAAUACCUGUUUGUUUGCUUUGUGUCUCUUUCGAACACAAAAGUCACGUGAUAUCAGAGCUUACAGAUAAGAUACCAGAGCUUCUUGAGGACAUCAUGCGAGAAAAUCAGAGACUUGAAUCUUUGGAAUUUUCUUAUAAAAGAAUGCUUAAGUACGUCAUCGAGAGGAAUGGAGCGAUAAGAGAAAACUAUCAAAAUCUUACUGAUGAUAUUAGAGAUCGAAUAUUGCUUUUAAAACAAGAAAUAGAAAAGGAAGGUAAUAAACUUCUUCAGGAACUGACAAAACUAGAAAAGGAGCAUCUAGACUUGCUGGAAUUGCAAAGAGUAGAGUUUCACGAAAAACUGAAACAAUUACUAAUACUCAGGGGUAAGAUCAGCACGAAACAAAAGACAGAAAACGCAUUAAAAUUGUUAGAUAUGGAGAGAGAUGUUAACAGUUUCCACAGUGCUCCGCAAAUACGAGAUGCGACCAUUCCAUCAAUGACAUCAAGAUUUAAGAUUGAGGGAGAGUUAAAGAGAUAUUUUGGUGUUCUUGAUGUACCAGAGAAGUAUCAAGUCUGUCUGCCUUGUACAGAAUCUACCAAUGACCCUGUAAGAAUAGUAAGUCCGCCAAGGCUUACAGCAACCAUAGAUACAAGAUUUCCUCCGCGGUUAAGCAAAAACUGCCUUUUUGACUUGGUAUAUAUGCGAGGUAACAGAGUUUGGGUGGGGGGUAGUACUCCAAAGUUGAAACUGUUCGAUUUUUGCGGAAAUCUCCUCGACAUCAAGCCAAUUGAAAGCGAAUGUGGCUUGUACAUGACCUUGUAUAAGGGAAAAGUGGUCUUCAACAACUACGUAUUCAACCGAUUGGAAAUGAUGGAAGACGUACCGGUAGAUCAGAUUUCAACUACAUGCAUGAUUGAUUUUGGGAUUUGCUAUAAGGGAUGGUCAGCUUCUGGUAUUGCAAGCACAAGAUCGGGCAACUUUUUGGUCUGCAUGAAACAAAACGAGUUAGCAAUGAAGAUUGUUCGAUUUAAUCGCAAUGGAACGCAAAUGCAGGAGAUUCAAUUCGAUUUCAAAAAUCGUCCUCUCUACAAAAAACUAGUGUAUGUUGCCGAAAAUGGAAAUGGCGAUGUUUGUGCAGUGGACUGGGGGCGAAAAGGUAUAGUCGUGACGGACGAGGGCGGAAAGUAUCGAUUUUCCUACCAUGGAAUCUCGAGAGAGGAUAGUUUAAUCGGAGGAUCUUUAACUACGGACAGUUUCUGCAAUAUACUUAUCGCCGACUGCCUUGCUGAUAAGAUUCAUGUCAUCGACAAAGAUGGGUUUUUCUUGCUGUACAUCACUUUGCCAGAUCUGAAUUGUCCACGCGCACUUUCUGUGACAGAUGAUGGGGAGCUUCUCGUGGGAGAAUGUCGUAGUGGACUUGUAAAGUGCAUCAAAUACUUUAAGUAACAAGAUGUACUUUCAUCACAUAUUUUUAGUCGAGUUGCAACGAAGUUGAACUCGGCUAUUGGUUUGAUGAUGCGGGCGGUUGGGCGUCAACAAUUGGUUUCCGGAUGAUAAUUCGAAAAGUUUACAAUCUAAUCAAAUGAAGCUUUGAUAUAUUGUUGGGUACCAGGUAAGGAAGACCCCUAUUGAUUUUGGAGAAAAAUGGUCUAAGGUCAAGGUAACAGUGACCGAAAAUAGAAUGAAAAUUUUAGAAAAAUUUGGUUUCCGGAUGAUAACUCAAAAAGUUUAAAUUUGAAUCAAAUGAAACUUUGAUAUAUUGUUGGGUACUAGGUAAGAAAGACCCCUAUUGAUUUUGGAGAAAAAAGGUCAAAGGUCAAGGUCACAGUGACCGAAUAUAGAAUGAAAAUUUCAGAAAUAUUUGGUUUCUGGAUGAUAACUCAGAAAGUUUAAAUCCGAAUCAAAUGAUACUUAAAGAUAUUGUUAUGUACCAGGUAGGGAAGACCCCUAUUGAUUUUUGAGAAAAUAGGUCAAAGGUGAAGGUCACAGUGACCAAAAAUAGAUUUUAAAAUUUUAAAAAAUUUGGUUUCCGGAGGAUAAUUCAAUUUUUUUUUAACUUGAAUCAAAUGAAACUUGGAUAUAUUGUUGGAUACCAACAAAGCAAGGCCCCUAUUGAUUUUGGAGAACAAAGGUCAAGGUCACAGUGACCGAAAAUAGAUUGAAAACUUCAGACAAAUAUGGUUUCUGGACAGUACAUGUAACUCGAAAAGUUUAAAACUGAAAUUAGUUCUUCACAAUUAUAAAUAUGCCAUAUCAUUCCUGACUUUACAAUGUAUCCCAUGCAACUCGGCUCAUGCACCCUGGGUGCAUAUAUUGAUUUUUAUGAAUGCAAUCGUUGUGGCAGAAUAAUCAGAAGAAUGUUGCAUACGUACAUGUAUAUAUAAAAAAAGUAAAGACACAGAUUUCGAAGACAAAGUGCUGCGUUCAGUAAAUUAAUCAUUGGUUUGGAUCCUCGCAUGUAUGCUACGAAUCGAUUCACCAUUAAGCUUCCUCCCUGUCUGUCUCUCUUGUAGUACACCGGUCAUAUUACCCCCUCAUGUUUCGAUGCAAUUGCAUAUAUUUCAGCUUGUCUGUAAGUACGUGUCAUUAUCUAAGCUUUCCCCCCUCUUCUAUAGGGAAUAUUGAAUUAAAGUAAAUAAGUGUUAUUUGUUGAUUGUAUAUGUUGUAGCAAUCUAGUUUGACUCAUUUUGUUGAUAUAUUCAUCAAGGUGUUUUAUAAUCCGGAAUUAUGUUCCGAAAAUGUAUAGGCAUCUCACCUAUCAUUCUAAAAUCACGGCAGACUCGCUUACCCUUUCCAUUCUGUUGCCAUUCGAGAAGGUCGGUUUUAAAUUUUGAAGCGGCGAAAUUUGUCAAACGUAUUGUUGAAUAAAGAAUAAUUUAUCAAAAGAUUUCCCGUACAGUAAGAUUAACCGUGAUUGAUUAUAUUUUCGAAACAAAAUGCCUCCGAUGGCGUAAUUAUUUUAUGGUUUUUAGGGAUUCUGAAACAAUGUGUGGUAUAAUACAGAGUGCCAAAUAUCAUACAUGUAUAAACUAGUCAAUGAAGUUGAACUAUCAAGUUUGAUUUUAAACAUUCAUUGUCCAUUCAUGAAUAUUUUUAAUGAUUAAAGUACUUGUUUUAGUUCAAAUUACAUGUAAUUUGUGUAAGCAUGCAGUGAGUAAUAAAAAUGAGAUGUAGAGGUA